ACCACAAGAGGAAGAGAAAAUCAAAUGGGUUUUGGGAGUUAGAUUUAUUGAUUUGAUGAUUAUUCAACAAAUCUUACAGAAGUUGCUAUGUAAUUUUGGUUACGACCAGUCUUAAUCAAAGUGGUUCGACUCUCAAAACGAGUUUCUACUUUGUCAUUUAAAAAGUGUAUAUUUCUGUUGGGAGUUUCUCUUCUCCUACCACCUCUUUGUUGACCUUUAAUGCUGGACUCAUAGUUGUGCGCAAAGUGACACAAAGGGUAGAGAAACAAAAUUUUAAAAAAAAAAAAAAAUCGAUCUUGGAGAUUUUUAUUGUUCUGGGGCGAUCCUGUUUGGUUGCCAAGGAAGUGAGCCAAAACAAUGGGGAUCGUUUCAGAAGAAGCCAUUGAUGAAUUCCAAGAGCUGAUGGAUAAAGCUGAGGAGCCAUUGAAGAAAACAUUUGAGAGGGUCCAUCAGGGAUACCUGAGGGAGAAUUUGGGUCGUUUUCUGAAAGCAAGAGACUGGAACGUAUGCAAAGCUCACAUAAUGCUUGUUGAGUGUUUGCGUUGGAGGGUGGAUAAUGAAAUUGACAGUAUCCUAUCCAAACCCAUUGUUCCUACUGAGUUGUAUAGGGAUGUACGAGAUUCUCAACUAAUAGGGAUGUCAGGUUACACCAAAGAGGGCUUGCCUGUCUUUGCUAUUGGCGUCGGCCUCAGCACAUUUGACAAAGCUUCUGUUCACUACUAUGUCCAGUCCCACAUACAAAUCAAUGAAUAUAGAGACCGUGUAUUACUGCCUUCUAUGUCUAAGAAGAAUGGGAGGCCAAUCACCACAUGCGUCAAAGUUCUAGACAUGACAGGGUUAAGACUUUCAGCUCUUAGCCAAAUCAAGUUACUGACUAUCAUAUCAACGAUCGAUGAUCUAAACUAUCCAGAGAAGACAAACACGUACUAUGUUGUCAAUGCCCCAUAUAUAUUUUCCGCAUGUUGGAAGGUUGUAAAACCUCUUUUACAAGAGAGGACGAGGAAAAAGAUUCAUGUCUUAUCUGGUUGCGGAAUGGAUGAAUUAUUGAAGAUUAUGGACUUCACAUCCCUCCCACAUUUCUGUAGAAGAGGAAGCUCUGGGUCAUCUCACCACACUCAGAGCGCAAAUUGUUUUUCUAUCAAUCAUCCCUUCCAUCAACAGCUAUACAACUAUGUAAAACACCAUUAUGAAACCCAGGGACAAGCAGAACCUGCAAAGCAAGGAUCGUUCCACGUGGGAUUUCCUGAGCCUGAAGCUGAACGCUGUGUGAUAGCCAAAACCAUAGAAUCAGAACUGCACAAGUUUGAGAAUUGCAACGGUCUGGCCAUGUCCAUUGGUGACAGAAAAGCAAGUCAUGAAAAACUGAAAGAUGAUGAAACCUGAAUGCUUCUGAGGGAAAUCCUCUCAGGUGCCUUCACAGUUAAGAUAUAUAUAUAUAUAUAUAUAUUUUUUUACGGUUUGAGCUGGCAAAGUAAGCGAGUACCGAGCAGUGUUCUGUCCUUGAGCCAUACAAAUGUAAAGCGAAAAGAAGAGAAUAAAUCUUGAAUUUAAUCAAUAGGUGACUUAAUGGUAUAGUGUUAUUUGAUCCUCUGUUGUAGCAAAAUUAUUUGUUGGAAAUCUACCUCUCAUUAUCCUAAGCAUUUGGGUGAGCCUGUAAUUCUCUU